AUGCCUCUUCUACGAAAUCCACGCAGUCGCCGUUCUACCAAAAGACAUGUCAACCCUCACCGAAUCCUCUUCACCAGCCUGCUCCUUCCUGCCCUCGCAUUCGCAGAUGACGAACCUACCUCCUCAACAAACCAAGUCUCUGAACCAUUCGUGGACCAAGUGACCGGCCUCACUAUGGAACGCUUCUUCGGUGCUCGCACCUCUUUCACCUUCGCGUUUGCGUUACCCGAAUCCCAAACUACUGCGAAUACUACUGCUGGGUCCUUUGUCGGGCAAAUCCAAUUCCCUCUUGUCAACGGGGAGGGAUGGGGAUCUGCUGGCUUGACUGGAGACAUGGAGGGCAACUUUAUUCUCGCGGUCUGGCCUGACGGCAAAGGUGGAGUUAUGGCGUCGUUCAGACAGGCCAUAGAUGAGGACAACCCAGCAGAGGUCUCGGGCGACUUCAAGGUCAGACCUUUGCCCGAUGGCGUCUCAGUCAAUGAGACUUCACUACUGUACACAUUUCUCUGCGAGAACUGUCUCGACAGUACCCUGGGACUAGGACCAGAAGCGGCUGGCAAUGCAGUCAUGGGAUGGGCAAUGUCCGAGAAGCCACCAAGAGGAGAUCCCUCCAAUCCCGGCGCAGUCCUUGGGUUUCAUGAAAGGGGGUUUGGGCCCUUCACUGCUAGGCUAGCAGAAGCCAAGACAGCUGGCUUUGAUGCUGUAGCGGCCAAGGCACUUGCUCCUGUGGGAGACUCUGGAAGAGCUGUUCCUACCAUACCUAAUGCUUUUCAGGAUGGAGGCGACAGUGGUGAUGAGAGUGGUGAUGAGGCAGGUGAUGCCAAUGAUGUCGAUAAUGACUCAGGGGACGAGUCGGAUGAUGAUGACUAG